UGGGCCGGCCUGUUUUUCCGGCCCAGCACCAAGUCGCGGCCCGAAGGGCUGUUUCAGGCAAAACAAGGCAGACCCCGGCUUGAUCGCCGCGGCGGAGGAGGAAGAGUCCUCCUCCACCAUGAACUCCAUGGGAAUCUAGGAUAACCCUAGCUUCCACUCCUAGUUAGAGCCCCCUCGAUGGACCUCACUGCUCCUAUUUAGAGUCACUGCUCCUUUCUCUCUCUUUUCUCCCGACGGACGCCGCCGAUCCGAGGUGACGCCCCACCCUUCUUCCUCUCUGUUUCCUCUUCUCUCCACGACCCUAAGCUUCCACCGCCCAGCCUAAACGAAACCUAAAGGAAAGGGCCGCCAUGGCAAAGGCCAAGAAGAAAAGCAAAGAGAGGAGGAAGAAAGGAUCUGGUCCCCACCUCCCUUCUUGUCUCCGCAAGGAGAUCGAUCUCCUAAACCCUAACCCUAACCCUAACCCUAAGUCUUCUGAGCAUGACUCUGGAUCUGAUGGAGAAGUGGGAGUUGUCAAUGUAUAUGAGUACGAGGAGCCGCUCCCCCAAGAGGAAUCGAAAAAGAAUCGACGGUUCGAUUCUGUGGAGAACUAUGAGUACGAGUUCCCGGCAGAGUUCGAGGACGAGGAUGUGCCUUCGGAUGAUGAAGAGGAUGAUGAUAUCCCGUCGGACAAGUCGGAUGAAGAGGAGAAAGGUGAUAGACAUCUGAGGAUGCUCCAGGGGAUCACCGGCAUGCCCGGCGAGGCAUUUGAAGGUAAGGAAAAGAAGAAGGCGGUUUUAGUGGACUUUCAAGGGAAUGUGGGUGAUGGGCAGAUCAGCAUCCACGAUCUUUUGGACCCUCUUCAUGACAAGCCUGGGUAUAGCAAGCUUAGGAGGAGAUUGGAUCACCUGGAAAUGAAGCAGAUGCCCUUUCAGGCCCCACUUCCGAAGGUGGAGAGGGAGAAGUUGGAGAGGAAGGUGGCCUACGAGCAUUCAAAGAAGGACGUCACUAAGUGGGAGCCGUUGGUGAAGAGGAACAGAGAGGCCCCUUUUCUGUAUUUUGAUGAGGAUGUGAAUUUGGGCUUCUCAACUGUUGGAGCUAUUGCUUCUAAAUUUGAACCAAGGACAGAGUUUGAGAAGAAGAUGGCUUUGCUGGUCCAGAAUCCAGAAGUUAUGGAGGCCCAUGAGAAAGAUGGUUCCAGACCUCUCGAGCUAAACAAGAUCUCUGUUGAAGAUGUGAAAGACCACCAGAAUCGCCUUGCUAAAAUGCGUAGCCUUCUUUUCCGUCAUGAGAUGAAGGCGAAGCAUGUUAAGAAAAUUAAAUCCAAGACAUAUCAUCGUAUUUUGAAGAAAGAGAAACUGAAGGCAACAUCAGCUGAAAUGCAGAUGGAUACUGAAGCUGCUAAAGAUUAUGCUAUGAAACAGGAAUUCAAACGUGUAGAGGAACGUAUGACUUUGAAGCAAAACAACUCGAAAUGGGCAAGGCGUAUCUUACAGCAUGGAUUAGAAGUACAAGACGAGGGCACUCGAGCUGCCAUAGCUGAACAACUUCACAAGCAUGAACUUUUGACCAAAAAAGUGAAUACGAUGAAAGAAACUAACAGCAGUGAUGACAGUAGUGAUGAGGAUUCUGAAGAAGUCUUACCUAGAACAGGCACCGAACAGGCUUCCAAGCUUCUAAACAGGGCAAAAGAAAAGACAGCUACUGUCAUGGAAGAGGAGGAUGAGAUACCAAAAUCAGGAGUCUUUGCAUUGCCUUUCAUGGAACGUGGUCUAAAAAAGCGACAGGAGGUAGCUUAUGAAGAAGCUCGCCUUGCUCUUCAAGAGUAUGAUAAAUCUCUGAGGCAGCUUGAGGAGGAUGAUGAGUCAGAAAGCCCAAAAUUAGCAAAAGUUAGUGGUAGAAAGGUUUUUGGGGGUGCUAAAAAGCAGCCGCAAGAGUCUCAUAAGAGAAUGAGUUCGGAUAAUGUUGGCACUAGUGAUGGUGAAGAUGACAUUGAAGCUACUGAACAUGAGGAAGUUGGGCUUGGAGUAAAUAGCGAGUCACAGGAAGUACAGGUUGGAUCUUCUCUCCGUGAUGAAUCUGAAACUCAUCAGGAUGCUGUAUUUAAGAGUUUCGAUGACAUGAUCAAAAACCCUAGUCCAAAGACGACAUAUGAAGUUGCGAUAUUUGCUUCAAAUUCCUGGAAAUUGAUGACAUGUGAAAAUGCAGUAAAUAGCACUACUGCACAAGCCAAGGCCAUUGAGAAUCCUAUUCCCACUGAGGUCAUCAAGUUUCAAUUUGGUUGCUGGCCUUAUACUUGGCUUGCUAGAUUCCAGGAAACGGAUCAGAACAGUGAUUCAGAUUCUGAUGAGGAGAUGGUGGAUGGGUUCCUGUCAUCCAAUGCACAAGCUGAUUAUGAACUUCCUUCUCAAGCUGACCUUAUACACCGUGCUUUUGCUGGUGAUGAUGUGGAGGCCGAGUUUGAGAAGGACAAAAUGGAGCUACUUAAUGAGGAGAACCCUGAACCUGAAAAACCAGUUCUGGUUCCUGGAUGGGGACAAUGGGCUCACGUUCAACAGAAGAAAGGCAUGCCUUCUUGGAUGAUAGAAGAACAUAACAAUGCCAAGAGGAAGAGGGAAGAAGCCCUAAAGAAGAGGAAGGAUGCAAAUCUCAAACAUGUUAUUAUUUCAGAGAAUACUGAUAAGAAGGCGGAAAAACUUCUCACAAAGAAUUUGCCCCAUCCCUAUAAAUCAAAAGAAGUUUAUGAGCAGAGCAUCCGCAUGCCGAUUGGUCCUGACUAUAACCCAGCAAUAUCAGUUAGAGCACUUAAUCGGCCUGCGGUUGUCAAGAGAGCUGGGAUCUUAAUAAAGCCAAUUCAGUUUGAGGAGGUAGAUGCCCGUGAGAAGCUGGAGGAACCCAAACGGGUUAUACGGAAGGACCAGUUAAUCGAGGAAUGCAAUGGUCCAGAUAUGGAAUGA